AUGGUGCAGCUAGAUACCGCCGUCCCCUCGUCGGUCGACAUGCUUCUCUUGGGCUCAGGAUGGACUGCGUCUUUCCUCAUCCCUCUUCUGGAACACACACGAGUUCGCUAUGCCUAUACCUCCCGGUCUCCACCCGACGAGAAGAAUCCAGACGACGACCACAAGAUUCAAUUUGAGCUGACGGAUCCUGUCACAAUAGACUCACUUCGUCCACUGCCUCGUGCCUCUACUGUCGUCAUCAUCUUCCCCAUCAAGAAUCUGCAGCAAGUUGACGACCUUGUUUAUGAGUAUGAAGAGCUUCAUGGACGCACGCGCUGGAUCCAGCUCGGCAGCACUGGUAUCUGGGGAUCCGGAAGAAACACUUCUGCCUCUCCUGUUGAUCUCACAAACGCACGUGCUGCUGCCGAGCAAAGACUUCUCGACAUCACCGCUACCCAUAGUCUCCACAGAAAGGGCGCCCCAGUAGGACGAGCCGCCAUUCUCAACCUCGCUGGUCUCUACGGUGGACAACGCCAACCCAGAAACUUUGCUUCCCGCAUCGGCGCAACCAAAGAGAUGCUCGCUCUUAAGGGCAGCGUCCACUUUGUGCAUGGCCAAGACGUAGCUAGGGCCAUCCUGCUGCUACAUCAAAGUAAGUCGGUAGGCUGGGGACAUCGGUGGAUCGUUUCCGAUUCGCGCGUCUACGACUGGUGGCCGCUUUUCAGCUUCCUUCGUCCAGCAUUUCCUGACCAUCCAGAUGACAGUCCCGAAACUGCUCAACGCUGGGUCAAGGAGCUGGUCGAGGAGAAUCACAUUCGCAUUCUGCCUCGUCCCAUCGCAAACAAACCAGAUCAGCGCUUGCCGCACUACCUCGAGCGUGGUCUCGAUGGCCACGAGUUCUGGAGCCUCUUCAACACUAAACCUCACGUCGACUCGGUCUACAAAGGUGGUGAACACGGCUUCCUACCCAGAGCAUCGCCACUCCACUCCCACACUGCCAAUGUUAGCAGCGAUGCGCAUCUCGAAAAAGGCAAACUGGCGGCACGCGAUGCCCGCGAUGCCCGCGAUGCCCGCGAUGACAAGCUAAUAGGCUCCAGUACCCAGUCUUUUUUUGUUCGAGACUUUGACCCUACGAUUGCUCAAGAGAGCAUCGACGAGUUGAUCCAAUGCAUUGAGAACGAUGCACAGCGCAAGCUUCCGACGAGAGCCGCCUUUGAGGGUGAAUACGAACGCUUCGGUCUCACCCACGACCGCUUCUGUGAGCUACGCGAUGCAUGGAUUCCUUUCCUUCGCUCCGAUCCUGCCUCAUCUGCAUCCGAGAACGAUCAGUGCCAGACGGCUGGACGUACCAGCACCAGUAGUCGAGCAGGUCCAGAUCACGAUACGUGGGCAGCCGAACAGGCUCGCAUCACCUCUUUCUCCCACUACAAGGUGCUCAUCGAAGACGUCGAUCUCCACUUCAUCCACGAGCGCGCCAAUCCCCCUGCCUCAGGCAGCAACAUCAAAUUCAUCCCUCUUCUUCUGCUUCAUGGCUGGCCUGGCUCUUUCCACGAGUUUUUGGACAUCAUCAAGCCGCUCGCCCACCCGGGCAACUUGACUCCAGUCCACUUUGACGUCGUUGUCCCCUCCCAUCCCGGCUACAUCUUCUCCAGUGCAGCUGGUGGGUUCGCCAGGGACUCGCGAUCAGGAAAGCUCGUCGGCACCCAUUCCGGGCCGGAUGGCGACAUGCUCGUCAAGGAUGUCGCCCGCAUCAUGCAUAAGCUCAUGACCACGCUCGGCUAUCACAACUAUGCCAUCCAGGCUGGUGAUUGGGGCGCUGCCGUGCUUCGUAGCAUGGCUAUUCAGUUCCCCAACAACGUGCGAGCCGUCCACCUCAACUUUUGUCCGGCACAGGGUCCCAACAUUGUUCUGCCUGUUCUCGGUCGACAAUUGACGCCUCACUGGAUCUUGCAGAUGCCCCAGAUGGUUUCCAAGCAGCGAUAUUCUCGCAAAGCGCUCGGAGUCUUUGAGAGCUGGAGUCAAGGCGAAAUCUCACGGUCUCUUUGCGGCACAGGCGCAUUCAUAGGCAAGGCAGCCGAGGUGAUAGCAGAAGCGGCCUGGAGGGUGGUGUCCCUGCUCAGUCUAGGCUCGAUCCCUGGGCCCCUUUCACGUGAUGAGCGUCAAAGCUUGAACAGAGGCUUGCAAUUCACUGCUACCGGUAGUGCCUAUGCGGCAAUGCAUGCUACCAAGCCCUCAACGCUAGGUCUUGUGCUAUCUCGCUCUCCGCUCUCCACGCUCGCUUGGGUCGGGGAAAAAAUGCACGCCUGGACCGACAUCACACCUGACCCUUCCAUCAUCCUGGCCAACAUCACCCUCUACGAGUUGACUGACACCAUUGCUGGCUCCUUUUACCCGUACCGCAACCGAGAUCCCCGAGGUCCAUCGCAGAUCGCGAGCGACCCGAGCAACUACAUUCAGCAACCCACAGGAUACUCGAGCUUCCCAAUGGAGAUCAUCCAGUCGCCCAGGUCGUUUGUCAAGGCCAGUGUCAAUCUGAGGUGGUACAAACGUCACUACCAGGGAGGCCACUUUGCAGCUCUUGAACAGCCUGCAGCGCUCGCCGAGGACAUAGCUGAUUGCUUUGCCGAGAUCUGGCCUUUUUAG